UUCCGCAACUUGAAUCCUCUGUCAACCAAACCGUCACGACCAGCAGAACAUCUGAAGAAAAUUUCAUAAUCACUGUUAUGGAACAGGCAGCGGAAUCCCCAAUCUCACCUGGGACAAGCGAGAAAAAGGGGUGUGAUGCCGCAGCUCAUACCGGGCCGAAUCAAGAUUCAGCGACAACUAAUGCCCGUUCACCUUUCAAACUUAGGCAGCAAUGGCACUCACAGCCGAGGAAACUACGCAUAAUUCACGUCGGCGCCGGUGCCACCGGCCUCUGUGCAGCCUUCAAAAUGGAGAGACAGCUCUCAGACUACGAACUCGUGUGCUAUGAGAGGAACGACGAGGUCGGCGGUACCUGGCUGCAGAACCGCUAUCCGGGGUGUGCUUGUGACGUUCCGGCGCACAUAUACACCUAUACCUUUGAGCCGAAUCCUCGCUGGAAGUCCUACUACGCCUAUGCACCAGAAAUUCAAGAGUACUUUGUCAAUUUCUGUGACAAGUACGGUUUACGCGAGUAUAUCAAGUUCAACCACGAGGUACUUUCUGCUGUCUGGCACGAGGGGGAAGGGCAGUGGAAAGUGCAGAUCGCACACAAUGGACAGGUCUUCACAGACUGGUGUCACGUUCUAGUCAAUGGGUCAGGGCUGUUGAACAAAUGGAAAUGGCCCGAUAUUGAAGGACUUCACUCUUUCAAGGGUGCCCUUAUGCACUCGGCCGAGUGGGACCGUGACUACGACUACGCCGACAAGCGUGUGGCCGUGAUUGGAAACGGGUCGUCGGGGAUACAGAUCAUUCCACAGUUACAGAAGACUGCCGCUCAAGUGAAAUGCGUCAUGCGUGGAACCACUUGGGUAGCACCCCCCAUGCCUCGAGUUCCUGUUGAUGUUUCGGAAACCGGCAAGGAUGCCAAGUUCGACGACGAGGAAGCGGUGCAUCCAAAUACAGGACAGUACUUCUACACUACCAGAGAGGUUGAAUGUCUGGUAAAAGAUGCAGACUACCACCUGGACUAUCGCAAACGGAUUGAGUACGGCAUCAAUGCGAACUUCAGUAUAUUUUACAAAAACUCGGAAGCCUCCCGACAGGUAGAGGCGUAUAUGCGGGCCGAGAUGAAUCGGCGACUGCAGAACGAUCCGGUUCUUACAAAGAAGUUAAUCCCUACGUGGGAUGUAGGCUGCAGGCGGCUGACACCCGGAGACGGCUUUCUUGAGGCCCUCAUCAAGCCAAACGUCGAAUGCCUCUUUGGAGACAUUGCCCGGGUGUCAGAGACUGGUAUCACCAUGACAAAUGGGAGCCAUCAUGAGGUGGACAUGGUUGUCUGUGCUACUGGUUACGACAUAGCCUGGAAGCCGCACUUUGCGCUGGUGGGCCGCAAGGGUGUAAACCUGGACUCAAUCUGGGGACCAGUACCAAAAUGCUAUCUUGGCAUUGCACACCCAGGGUUUCCAAACUAUUUUGUAAUGAACGGCCCUCGCGCGAACCUAGCAAACGGAACGGUCCUCCCUUGUUUGGAGACGGAGAUAGAGUACGUGAUCCAGGCAGUGAAAAAGAUGCAGUCGGAUCGUAUCAAAUCACUCGACAUCCGGGAACGGGUUGUCGACCAGUUGGAUGAGUACAUUGACGCCUGGCAUGAAACUGGCGUCUUUUCAGGCAGUUGCCGCAGCUGGUACAAGGAUGGCACCGUCGACGGGAAGGUUAAUGUAUGGGGUGGCUCCAGCGUUCACUUCUUGAAGACGCUCAAGACAGCAAGGUGGGAACACUACGAUAUCCAGUAUAUGGAUGAGAAUAUCUGGUCGUUUCUCGGAAAUGGGCGCAUCAAAGCGGAGUGUGACAGCAGUUUCGAGGGUUUGACUGCUUACCUACGGAACUCUGAUUCGACCUGGUCGCUAACU